UUUUGUGUUCUGUUAAAUCAAUAAAGUAGUAGGUAUUAUAUUCUUUAGAUCGUACAUGCAUGUUAGUCACGCUGCCACUUGACAUUGUGCUCUAUGAAACACUAUCCAUCCACGGAACUCCCGCUAACUUUAAUGCCCGUCUCGUAAUUGGCUGAAUCGCAGUUGGCUGCACUUGUCACGGGAUUAGCCGCAUCUCUUUGGACUCAAAGGUAUCCUCUGCGUCUGAUUAAACCACUUUAACUAGCCAGUAACUUGAUAUCAACUUAUCCGUUAUACGAGAGGAAUAAAACUUUCAAAGAGAAAUAAAACUUGAAUCUUGAGUAACUCUGAUUAGUUCCGAAGGCCUUUCGAUUAUUAUAUCUGAUCGCUUUUACCAAUAAGUGCUGGUAUUAAUCAAGAUAUAGGUUUCCCCAUAGAUUUAUUAUUGUUUGGUGACGUAAAUCAAUGUGUGCAACAGUUGUUAUUGUAUUGGCUAACUAAUGCACGUGUCGUGUAGUUGGCCGUCAGUCACAAUCGCAUCAGUAUCAGACACCACGGCGAGGCUCGUUUCCUGUGACUGCUCAGCAUCAGCUUUCAGUAAUAUGAGUCGACUCUUCGCCAGGAAAUAUGAAUCGUUAACGUAUAAAGGCAUCGACUGUGGUACAACUCAAAAACCUACUUGUAUUACUGCACUUAUAGCAGGGGAGCGGGCGUCUUGUAUCGGGAGCUAUUUCUGCUGGUAAUUUUAAUAAGAAUCGCAUGCUUAUUUAAAUUAUGUUUUAUCUUUGAAAUACUGCGGUUUAGGCAGUCCCACGACCCCGAUGUUCUCUCAAAAUAAAUAAAAGCCACAAGUCAUUUGAAUUCUCUUCAUCAUAAAUAUUCGCUGUCGCAAUUUCCAUUCCGUGUUGCAGUUAAGCAUCGCAUCCAAUCUGCACAUCUGCACAGAUGAUGACACCCGCAUUAGUCAUUACCACUCGGCGAUAGCGUUCACGGUCGCGAGGUUUCGAUUACGAUAAAGACAAGUAGCUUACAGUAUGGUCGUUUGUGUAACAUCUUCACUAAUAGGGAAAUUGGUUGUAGGCGGCGGAUCGCACGCAAUGCCGCGGUGGCGUGCGGCGCUGAGACAGUCAUUGAGCCGCGUGCGCGAAGCCUGCACGCCUUCGCGGAAACCUAGCACUCGCGUCCCCAAUGUGAGGAUUAAUCACCGCCACCCGCCGGCCGCGUCUCCGACAUAUGUAAACAAACAAAGAGUCCUCCUUGCUCGACUUGUACUAAUAGUUAUGGUGAAAACUUGACGUGAAAUCCAUGCAAAAGAACAAUUAUUUCAUAGUAGCUAAUCCUUCUUAAUUUAAUCUCAGUACAGUGGAUUUUGACAUAUUGGUGUCAUGUUUCUGUGAUUGUAAAAGGAAUUUCGCUACACCCAUAAUGAUAAUGAAGACUAAAACAUCGUCGUUUUAGAAGAAGCUCCGAAUAUGAAUUCGGACGUGCACCGCCAUCAAGCGCACCCACCGCUCGCGCAGCACGGCGUGCACGGUGCGCAGGCGCUGGGCCCGUGCGGCUGGUACUCCGCCGCGCCCACCGCGCCCGCGCGGCUCAAGCGCGUGCCGCCGCACCACCUGCCGAGUGGCGGCGGAGUGAGUGGCAGUAAUGGGCCGCAUGCCCCGCUCUCACCCACCGCAUUACAGCCCUCCGUACCGCAAAAUCCCGUGAUGACGUCAUCGGCCCGCGCGCCGCCGCCCGCCGGCCCCGCGCCCACGCCUAUGCACACCUCGCAGACUGCCCCUCCAGCGGCGCCUCCCAAGGGUGCCAGCGACGUGCUGGUGACCGCCUCGGGGCAGCCCGCGCCGCCGCCCGUCACCCGACUCACAACUAUGACGCACAUGCCAUGGCACCACGGCGCGAUAUCCCGCGAGCGCGCGGAGGCGCUGCUGUCGGGCUCGUCGGACGGCGUGUUCCUCGUGCGAGAGAGCACCAACUUCCCCGGAGACCACACGCUGUGCGUGCGCUACCGCGGUCGCGUCGAGCACUACCGAGUGAAAUGGGCGUCGGCGCCGGGCAGCCAGACGCAGCGGCUCACCAUCGACGACGAGGAGUUCUUCGACAACAUGACCGAACUAAUACAUCACUACCUACAAGACGCGGACGGGCUAUGCACGCAGCUAGUCCGCUGCCUGCCGAAGGCGGCGCCCAACGGGGCCAACAACAACGGCGCCCUGCAGCCGCCCUACCCGCCGCACCCGCAGCAGCCGCCCCCGUACCCGCCGACGCCGAGUGUGACGUCAUCGACGCCGGGCAGCUACCAGCCGCCGCCGCCCGUGACGUCAUCGGCUGGUAGCUACCAGCCGCCGCAGUUCCCUCAGCAACCCUUCGGCACGGAUCAGAGGGACGGAGCGGAUCAUAACUUUGUUGAUGCGCGCUGGAUAAUCGCCGAACGAGACCUCGAGAUCCGCGAGAACAUCGGCAAGGGCGAGUUCGGGGACGUGAUGCUCGGCAUCCUCAACGGCUCGCAGAAGGUGGCCGUCAAGAUACUGAAGGACCGCGAGGCCGCCAGCAAGUUCCGCCAGGAGGCCAGCGUUAUGGCUUCGCUAAAGCACGAGAACCUGGUCCGGCUGCUGGGGCUGGCGGUGAGCGGCGGCGCCACGUGCCUGGUGACGGAGCACUGCGCGCAGGGCUCGCUGCUGGACUACCUGCGCUCCCGCGGCCGCCACUACGUCACCGCGCGCGACCAGAUCAACUUCGCCUACGACACAUGCUGCGGCAUGGAGUACCUGGAACGGCAACGCGUCAUCCACCGCGACCUCGCCGCUCGCAACGUGCUGAUCUCCGCCGAGGGCACGGCCAAGGUCGCGGACUUCGGCCUGGCCAAGUGUUCCACGACCGAGGACGAUCCGGCGGACGCGUUGCGGGUGCAGGCGAAGCUGCCGAUUAAAUGGACGGCGCCUGAAGCGUUGAAGUACAAUAAAUUUUCAAAUAAGUCCGACAUGUGGAGCUUCGGUAUUCUUCUGUGGGAGAUCUAUUCAUUUGGAAGAGUGCCAUAUCCCCGAAUCCCGCUAGCCGAGGUCGUCCGGCACGUAGAACGCGGCUACCGGAUGGAGGCGCCGGACGGCUGCCCGCCGUCCAUGUACGAGCUGAUGCGCGCCGCGUGGCAGCCCGCGCCCGCCGCGCGCCCCGCCUUCCGCGACGCCCGCCCGCGCCUCGCCGCCUGCCGCGACGCCACGCCCAGUAGACUACCUGAAAGUCAACCGGAAGGAUGAACUCAUAAAGUGAAUGGACACUAAUAUAGUUAAUGUGCUGUGAAGGUUGCAAACUGUAUUUUAUAUAUUAAUAUAUGGUGUAAGUAUAACUAAAUUAUUUUGAUAUGUUUAAAGACACUUCCUCACUUAAGAAUUAUCUCUAUUGUAGAUUAGACGUGUGUGUACAACCGGUGUUAGAGUGACAUUCUAUCUGAUAUUAUGAGUGUAAAACUUGAUAGAGUAAAAUAUUUUUGAGGGCCUAAGUAUAACGAAUUAUUGAUGCAUAUUUUCUCGUAAAUAUUCCACCCACAGCGGUCGUCGGUACUGCGGUACUGUCUAGUCAAAGUAAAAUUGUAAUAGUAUUUUGUAUAUUAAUUUCACGUUUCAAUAAAGUAUUUUAAUUAAAUGCUAAGGCUGCUAAAUGUGAAACAAUGAAAUGAAACUGUUAUACACUCCAUGUAGAGUAAAGCUAUUGUGUUAAAAAAUUAAAUGCAAUUUUAUUGUGGAAUUUUAUCUUUGAAAUGUAAAUGUGCUUAUGAGAGUUAUUAGCAAAUGAUAAUCCCAGUGGUUAUAAAAGUCUAUUCAGAAUUACAAAAUUUGUAUACCUUAGCGUUAUUUCAUGGGAUACUUGACAUGAUAUAAAUUCAAAAUCAUGAUAUUUGAGAGCAAAUUGCUGUAUCUUCAAUGUUCCAGAUACUUUAAAAACACAAUGCAUUUCUAGCUAAUGUAUGUUUAAAACUUUUAUGAUACUUUUGCUAUAUUCUAUAUUUUUUGGAAAUAAAUUAUAAAUGUACUUAGUAAUAAUACAUGAAAGAGAGGCAUAGGCCCAUUUGUGGUUGUGCUAACUUAAAGUAAGUAGAUCUAAUCAGAGACAUUGGUGGAUUUGCAUAAGAGAGUAUUAUAAAGAGUUCGUUUUUAAAAUAUGUUGAAAAACUACUGUGAGACUUUAUUACUAUGAAUCUCAAUCGUUGACAAGCUAAAUUAAUUAUUGCAUUAAAUUUGGUUUCCAAAUCGCCAUGAAGCUUAUUUUAUUAAAAUCAUGCACACCAAUUUGUAAUGAAAUAAUGUACCAACCAACUAUAAUGUAUUAAAUGUGUAAACAACUAACUUGAAAUGACAAUGCAAUGUAAAAAGCACAAAAUUUUGGCAAUAAGAAAGAUACAUGCUUCAUUAGACAUUAGGUGACGCAAAUGCAAACCACAAUUUAUGAUGAAAAUUAUCCGUUCAUUUGAACUAUUCUUAUGCAAUACUAGGUUUAAGUGUUACAUUGUUUUAUACGAUUUUUUAUUUAUAAAAUUCAAAAAAUAGGUAAACAAUUACUUAUGUGGACAGAUUUUUUGUUAGAUUUGCUAUGACUAUAAUCUACCAAAGCAACUUCGAAAGUAUGAACUGUGUGUGUCGUUUCACAAUUUACAGUAUGGUCUUCCUUUAUUUUUUGGGUAUUUUUUGAAUCAUGUAUUGUGAAUGUGUCCCACAACUUGACUAGUCGAAGGUUCGUGCCCGAAGACGCAAGUUGUGCAGUGUGAAUUAUGUUUAAAAUGAGAAAUCUCAAGUUGUUUUUGUUUAUAACUGUACUAUUAUUUUAGACUUUCAUUGUAAAUAAAGUAAUUUUAAGGUAUAAAAUGUAUAAUAACAAGAAUAUAAAUUCACUCAAUAA